GCAACACACUCAGAAAUGUAUAAUAGCGAUAGCUGGGAAAGGCGCAGAGUAUGAAUGUUUGAAUACUGGUUAUGGUGACUGAUCAGCCUGAGAUCGGUCGACGGGAUCCCCCCUCAUUCACGGUAGGCAUAAAUAUUCCGCUUCCAGGGCCACAGUCUGUUCACCAGCACCCUGCUCACUUGCGUCGUCCAACAGGACAUUUACGUGCUCCCUCGAUGCCUAGUUCAUCAGUGCUCAAUGCAUUGCAGAGCCGUAUUCGAAGUUCUCCAAGUCCAACUCAACGUUCAGCACUCUUGUUUCUCCCUCUGCUCCACCUAGUAUUCCUUCAGUUAUCAGACCGCAUCUUUCAACAAGUUCUUUCGUUUCUUCUGCUCUACGGACUCCUUCUCGUGGCUCAGUUGCGUCUCAUAUUUUCAUUUCGCCUCCGGCCCCAACUAGGAACAGUUGUAAUUACGGAAUAGCUCAAACUAUGACUUUGACGACCUUAGCGCAGAGUGGAAGGAGGAUGAGGUUAGGUUGCUUGGAGGACCUUGGAUAUGCUAUUUUCUCAUCUUAUUACGCCUCUCAACGGCUCAAUUCCGCCCCCGAACCUUCUUGACAAGAUUACACUGCUACCAACGGCCCAAAUGACUAGCCCAAUCCUGUCACCGCGACGUGCGCUAAAUUACUCGACCUGGUCCGUGCAAGAGCAAUGGAGGAGCGGUGGAAGUCUAUUAUUGACGAGGACAUCAUCUUUCCCAACGGCAAUGCACACCAUCCGGCAGAUUUGAGCAAAUGUGCUGAACGAAAUGAUACUUCCAG